UGCCUUGUCAUUUCUGUCAGUGUCAAAAUCGCGAAAACACAAAAAUGCCGAGUCAAGAAGUGACUACAACAAAAGUGGUGGUUCACCCCUUGGUUUUACUAAGUGUGGUGGACCACUUCAACCGAAUGGGAAAAAUCGGUAACCAGAAGCGCGUCGUGGGGGUCCUGUUGGGGUGCUGGCGCGCCAAAGGCGUCUUGGAUGUGUCGAACAGCUUUGCAGUUCCGUUCGACGAAGACGACAAAGACAAGUCCGUUUGGUUCCUCGACCACGACUACCUCGAGAAUAUGUACGGUAUGUUCAAGAAAGUCAACGCUCGGGAAAGGGUGGUGGGGUGGUAUCACACGGGCCCCAAGCUCCACCAGAACGACAUCGCGAUUAAUGAGUUGAUCAGGCGCUACUGUCCGAACUCGGUUUUGGUUAUAAUCGACGCUAAACCGAAGGAUUUGGGGCUGCCGACUGAGGCGUAUCAAGCGGUUGAGGAGGUGCAUGAUGACGGGUCGCCCACGUCGAAGACUUUCGAGCACGUACCGAGUGAGAUUGGGGCUGAGGAGGCCGAGGAAGUGGGUGUUGAGCACUUAUUGCGCGACAUUAAAGACACCACAGUGGGGACGCUUUCACAAAGAAUCACCAAUCAAUUAUUGGGGUUGAAAGGGCUGCAUUUGCAGCUAAGAGACAUUCGGAACUAUUUAAUCCAAGUUAGUGAAGAGAAGCUGCCUAUUAAUCACCAAAUUAUUUAUCAAUUGCAAGAUAUUUUUAAUUUGUUGCCUGAUAUAAGUCAGGAGACUUUCAAUAAAGCGUUCUAUGUUAAAAACAACGAUCAGAUGUUGGUGGUGUACUUGGCGGCGAUGGUUCGCUCGAUUAUCGCCCUUCACAAUCUCAUUAAUAAUAAACUGACGAACAAAGACGCGGAAGAGGGGAAGAAAGAAGAAAAUAAGAAAGACAAAGAUAGCAAAGAUAAAGACAAGGAUAAGGAGAAGGAGAAAGACAAGGAUGCCAAGAAGGACGAAAAGAAAAAAUAAUUGUGUUUUUAGUUUAUUUACUAACUCUAAUUUAAUCUAAUUGUUUAACUCAGUUUGUAAUAUUGUAUUAAUAAAUUUUCUUAAAGUA